GCCCGCCGGCGCGGCGCUGUCCGCCCGGCGGAGCCGCGCCGGGGCCGGAGGAGCUGCCGUCGGUGUCGCCGCGGGAGGGAGGCAGCGCCAUGGCCGAGAGAUACGAUGUGGUCGUGGUCGGCGGCGGCAUCUCAGGCUUGUCAGCAGCCAAAUUACUGUCUGAAUCUGGGCUUAACGUGGUGGUUCUUGAGGCCCGGAACAGAGUUGGAGGAAGGACAUUCACUAUUAGGAACAAGCAAGUGAAUUAUGUAGAUGUUGGUGGAUCUUAUGUAGGACCUACCCAAAAUCGGAUUCUCCGACUGGCAAAAGAGCUAGGUGUUGAGACGUAUAAAGUGAAUGUAGCAGGAUGUGCCAUCCAUUAUAGGAGGGGAAAAUCACGUAAUUUAAUAGGUAUUUCUCCUCCAACAUGGAAUCCUUUAGUUUAUCUGGAUUACAAUAACUUCUGGAGAACCAUGGAUAAACUGGGAAAAGAGAUUCCUCUUGAAGCACCAUGGGAUGCUCCACAUGCUGAAGAAUGGGACAAAAUGACCAUGGAACAGCUGAUAAAUAACACUUGCUGGACCAAAGCUGCUAAAGAAUAUGCCACCUUUUUUGUAAAUGUCAAUGUCACAUCUGAGCCUCAUGAAGUCUCAGCUCUCUGGUUCCUGUGGUAUGUGAGGCAGUGUGGGGGCACAUCCAGGAUAUUCUCUGUGACCAAUGGGGGCCAGGAGAGGAAGUUUAUUGGGGGUUCUGGUCAGAUAACGGAGAAGAUAAUGGAACGCCUCAAAGGCAGAGUUAAACUGGAGAGUCCUGUGGUCCGUAUUGAUCAGACAGGUGAUAAUGUCAUUGUGGAGACUCUAAACCAUGAGAUAUAUGAGUGCAAGUAUGUGAUCAGUGCUAUCCCCCCUAUCCUGACAACGAAGAUUCAUUACAAACCAGAACUGCCACCAAAGAGAAACCAGCUAAUUCAGCGUCUGCCUAUGGGGUCUGUCAUAAAAUGCAUGAUGUACUACAGGGAAGCCUUCUGGGAGAGGAAGGGUUAUUGUGGUGCUCUUUUCAUUGAGGAUGAAGAAUCUCCCAUUGCAAUAACCAUAGAUGACACUAAACCUGAUGGAUCUUUCCCUGCCAUUAUGGGUUUCAUCCUUACCAGAAAGGCUGUUAAACUGGCACAUCUCAGUAAGGAAGAGAGGAAGAAGAAAAUCUGUGAGGCAUAUGCCAAGGCAAUGGGGAUGGAAGAGGCCUUACAUCCAGUGCAUUAUGAAGAAAAGAACUGGAGCACUGAACAAUAUUCAGGGGGCUGCUACACCGCCUACUUCCCACCGGGUAUAAUGUAUACUUAUGGAAGGAUUAUUCGCCAGCCCAUUGACAGGAUCUACUUUGCUGGCACAGAGACAGCCACCCAGUGGAGUGGAUACAUGGAGGGGGCUGUACAGGCAGGAGAGAGAGCAGCUAGAGAGAUAUUAUGCAAUAUGGGGAGGAUCUCAGAUAAUGAAAUUUGGAUGCCUGAGCCAGAGUCCAAAGAUGUCCCAGCCCGACCGUUUACUACUAGCUUUUGGGAAAGAAACUUGCCGUCUGCAUCAGGACUGCUGUGUCUGGUUGGAUCAACUGUUUUUUUCACCUCUAUGGCUGCAGCGGGACUGUUUGCCUGUAAAAAAGGACUACUUAUUCGAAACUAGUGUGCUUUAAAUGCCCACUUUUUACCCCCUUUUGCCCGAUGAGUGUUAUUUUUGGAAAGAAAUAAGAUGGACAACUGGAGAGGGCAAAAAUUGUUCUCCUGGUAAUUUUCUUUUUCGUAACUAAUGCAUUAAAUCUUCUGCAAUUGUUACCAGCAAAACACAAUAGAUCAACUGGGGAAUGGAGGACAUUUUUCAAAUUUGCCUUCUCCUUGUCCUUUUUUUUAAUUGGAUAUAAUAAUAUAAAUGGUAUAUUCCUAAUACGGAGAAGGGAAAAUGCAGAUGAGAGCAUUUUCCAAAAGGCAAAGAGGCCUUGGAUAAUGCAUUCAUUUCCACUUGCUCUUAUAUUUUUUAUCACACAAGUUAAUAAAUAUCUUUACAUAUUCACAUCAGUGGCUCAGAAUAUUUGAUGAUUCCUAUAAUAUCCCUGCUGCACAGAAGAGAAUAACAUGCCAAUCAGACAUAGAAAUGUUAAAUUAAUUUUCAAAUGCAUUUGAUUAAUUAUUAAGCAUCACAAUGUGAAACCUAAUGAUGAGCUGAAUGAAAAGAGAUAAUUAGCAUGAAUUAGAUGACUAAACAUCAAAAGAAGCAUGAGUGGACUUUAUUCUACCUGCUACUGAACAAAGAACUAUACUUAUCUUUUGUGAAAUGUCUGUACUUCAGUGAGUCUUAUACUUUGCAACAUUUCGACAAAUUGGCUCUCCAUUAUUUCCUGGCCCAAGUGAAUUCAAUCCAGCCUGGCUAUUUGGUAUUAAAGUGGAGUAAAAUGAAUUAGUAAAGUUAAAACCCCUCUGAUUUACAGCAGAUGCUAGCUGUUAUUUUCAGGAUGUCAGCAGUUUCCUGGCUCCCUAUCAAUUUGCUGUCCCUCAUUUUACUUGUAAUCUGUACUGCCUUCCUACAAUAAGUGGAAAUAUAUUUGGGGCUUGAAUUACUGCCUUGUAAAUUACAGUAAUUGGAUGCAUCUGCCUGUUCCGCUCUUGUUAUGUACAUUGCAUACUUAAAAUAAUCGCUUUAGUAUUAACUAAGUCAGAAUGUAUGUCUCAAAAUGUACCAUCAUUAUGCAGUCUUUCUGCCAUGAAUGUAAGCUUUGUAUGUGUCCAUGAACUUAAUUGUCAUUCAAUAUCAGUGAAAUGUGCCUUUUAAAUAGCCCUGAAACCUUGAUUAGAAGAUCUAUUCCAUAAACUUUUCUUCAAAUUC